CCAUUCAAUUUAAACUUUUCGCCGAAAUGAAAAAAAUAACUUUAAAUAAUGGGUUCUUGGAAAUUACAUAACACUUGGUGAUAAAAGAAUCUUAACAUGCAUGGUAUACUUCUCAUUUUAACCAGCUAGUCUAACUGUAGAGGCACUAUCAUGGAUGGACAGGGAAACCUUGCGGAAAAAUGUGCAACAUUUAUCUUCACCAAACUUGAGAAAGUUGGCGAAAAUACAAAAUUUGUCAAAUUUGACAGAAAAGGCAAAGCAGAUCCUACAGUACCGAACGAUAAGCGAGGGAUUUACUUGUUUUUUGCCGAUCUGAAUGGACAACGUUACCCUGUCUACCUAGGGAAGACGGAUACAUCAUUUAGAACACGAUUUUCUCAACAUGACGUCAUAAAUCAAUAUAUGCAUGGUGACAUCGACGAGCUGUUUCAUGACGUAAAAAAAGAUGGAGAAGUCUGCCUUGGCGCUAUGCUGAUAUAUCUACCGUUACCUAUGGUCAUCAAGCUUGCAGAAAGUCUGUUCCUCUGCGCAUUCAACUUUGCGCUGAAUGGAAUGGAAAAUGUAGCACCGAGGACUAGAAUUACUGACUUAGAUCAAACGCCCGAUAACAUCAUCUUUAAAUACUUUUCGCCUGCAUUGGAUGCAAUGGAAAAGGAAAGCAAAGACAUAGUGAAGAGACUGAGAUCAUAAAUGUGGAGGACCAGUUUAAAAUCCUGCUACAUUCCAUCAGAUUGCUCUAGCUAAUUUAAAACAAACUUCUCAGAUGAUUCCCUCUCAAAUUCUGUUAAACUAUUCUUGUUGAUCAUUUUUGUACAAUAAACUACAUACUUUUA